GAUCGGUCGCGGGCGCAGUGGGGACCGGGGCCGGGAUCAGGCCGGGGCAACAGCCGGGCGGGGCCGGUGCUGCCGGCCAACGGGGUACCGCCGGCAACUCAGGCGGCGCGUUCUGUUGCAGGACCACAGGGGCACGCCAUGCUGUACCUGCUGCUGGCCGGCCUGCUGGCCGUCGCAUAUGCUGGACCGCAUCUGCAGAACCCGUACAGUCUGACGGACGUCUUCCUGCAGAAUGUGCUGCAGCGGUACGAGCCGAAGGACUACCCGGCCUCCGACUACAUGGAUGUCAUGGAGCGAGUGCUUCGCCAGCCGGGCCUCCAGUAUGACGACAUGCCCGGCCCCCCGGGCGUCCCCGGCGGCUACGGCAUGGUGGACUACGACUACAAGCAGGCGGCGCCGAGUCUGCGAGACCAGGAGUUCCUGCAGCACAGCAGUCUCUGGGGAAACCAGUAUGUUACAGUUCCGUUUUCGUCCGCAGGCGGCGCUGGGGAGGGCAGCCAGCACCUGCGGCCUGAGGGCAGCAUCAAGAACACGCAGGUGACCAAGACGGACGGCGUGCUGCCGGCGUACUGCGAGCCGCCCAACCCCUGCCCGCUGGGGUACACAGCCUCGGAUGGCUGUCUGGAGACGUUCGAGAACACGGCCGCCUUCAGCCGCAAGUACCAGGCACGCCAGGAGUGCAUGUGCGACACGGAGCACAUGUUCAACUGCCCGGACUCCACCAGCGACAGCGAGAUCUCGGCGCUGGCCAGGUCAAUAACAAAUAAAGGCUUGGAGGAGUCUGCUCUGAACAGCAUUAUGAUGGACCCGGAGAAAACCAAGGUUGUGGCCAAGAAGUUCCAUGUUAGCAAGAAGGCCAAUCCGUAUCUGGACGGAGAGCGUCUGCCCGUGGCGGCCAAGAAGGGCGGCGGCAGUCCGCGAGGCUAGGCGCGCCCCGGCGCCGCCAGGGGGCCCAACGUCGCCACACAUGGUCUAUUUUGAAUGGCGACUCUUCUGGGUGUUUCGAAUCGUCGUCGGUGAUGUGUGUCGCUUGGAGCUUAUAUUUUAGCCGGUAGCUUCUAGUUUCCGUGUCGAGACGCCGCUGCGCCGCGCGGUUCGCCGGCCACCGCC